CAGAUUUCAUCUCCUUGGGAUCCCAUCUAGAAUUCUAGCAUGUCACUUGUUUUAUUCGCGUACCGGUUGUGAGGCCUGAACCUACUCUGUCUCUUCUCACGAGUCCUUACCAAUACUACGCGCCAUGGCAUUCAGUCUUGCAUCAAAUACCCCAGCAUCAUCAGGCAAGAUCGAAUACAGCUCCAUGUCAUGAUUCCGGUUCAUGCUCGCCCUGGUUUGUAAUUCAGUCAGUCUGCUCAAAGACAUACCUUCAUCAUGGCACCAAGCUCAACAACCGCCGCCGAUGACAACGAUCCUCAAUUCCUCUCAAGCCAGUUCCGUACUUUUAGUUGGCAGAUGCGUCAACAUGGCCCUGGCGGCAGGAGUAUUGGCGGCCAUGGGCGGUCGGAAACGGAUCCCUUAUUGCCCAACCAUACCCAUGACGAUGGGGACAUCCAAGAUCAUACUCACCAACGGCAAAGUGUCUACUCGGCACAUCGUUCAUAUACAGCCCCCAGCCCCUCCCUCAGAGCAACCUCUAUUGUUUCAGAGCCUGAAGUCGAUGAACAACCUGGCCUCGCCGAUGGUCAUAACCAGCAGAUCGAAGAAGCAAAUGAAGCUUUUGCUGACCGCGAUGGUCUUUAUCCACCUAAUUGUACUUGGACGAGUGAUCAAGGCGGUCCACCGAGACGUGCUGAUCCAUAUCGCAAUGCCGAGUGUAAUGUAUAUGAGAAUAUUCAUCGCAUUCGCAGAGAUAUCAUCAAUGCCAUCGAUGACCCAUAUUCCUUGGAACAGCUCAAAGCACCCAGGAUGAACAUCACUGUUGUUCGUCCCAUGGUCAAUACCUUGUAUGAAAAGCAGGAUCUUUCCGUGGUAUACUGCCUGCUAGUAAACCGAAUGCAAUUCAUCCGCGAACAAUACUAUGCAGCCCACCACCAGACGACCAACCUGACUCGAGCAUUGCUAUGCGAAAUGCUUGCCGAGAAGAUCCUUCGUCGCUACAACGAGAACAAUCCCGGGCCCCGAGGUCUCCUCAAACUGGCCAACAUUCUUGUUGGGGGAUUUGAACCAUUCCAGGGCGCUCCCGACCAAGUGUGCGAGCAGAACGUCCACGCCAUGCACUGGGCUAAAGCCAGACUUGGAAAACAGGUCGAUCGCAAGCUUACAGCCCUCGAAGUCGCCAUCAUCAGUGAAAGUAAGAGCUUCCUCUCCAGCAGUGCCUGUCAAAAAGUCGUCGAUGCCAUCUACCAAGGAAAAGUUGUCUAUACCCCCACCAGCUUCUUCGACAUUAUACCGGACAAGUGGAAACGAAGACCCAUUUCUCUCUAUGAUCCCAGGCGCGGCCCAAUUCUGAAUCAAUACCGUUUGAUUGUCCCCAGGACUCGGAACAUUAUUGAGGUCUGCCAAUUCCUCAUUCUCUUGAUUUUGUAUAUCGCCGUCAUGACGGGCAGAGAGACUCGAAUGACCACCCAUUUUACCGCGGUGGAAGCCAUUUUUGAUAUUUAUGCUAUUGGAUGGAUUUUGGAUCAGGUAGCUUCUGUCUUAGAGCAUGGCUGGGCAGUGUAUACUCAGAACCUGUGGUCCUUCUUGGAUGUCAUGUUUUCCACCUUGUUUCUGGUUUACCUUGUGUUGCGCAUUCACGCGGCUGGAAUUUCAGACCCCGACACUUCAGUUCAGUGGGCCAGAAGUGGUCUCGAUGUUCUCAGUUGUGCAGCCCCUGUCUUGGUUCCUCGACUAGCAUUCAACUUCAUGUCGGAGAACGUUUUAUUUGUUUCACUUCGGGCCAUGAUUUCCGAUUUCAUGACAUUGACCAUCUUGGCAGUCUGGUGUUUUGCGGGCUUCUUGUUGAGUUUGAAAUGGUUACAUGAGGGUGCACAUGAAGCGAUCACAAUCAGCAAAUGGAUGAUCUGGAUCUGGUUUGGAUUGGACGGUACAGGCAUUGACGAAGCACCAGACUUUCACUGGUUUCUUGGUCCAGUCCUGAUGGUCAUGUUUGCUUUUUUGGGAAAUACAUUGUUCUUGACCAUCCUCGUGUCCAUGUUGUCCAACACAUUCAGCAACAUUGUCGUCAAUGCAGUGCAGGAGGUCCAAUUUCGACGCGCAGUCCUCACCUUUGAAGGAGUCAAAUCAGACGCCAUCUUCUCCUAUAUGCCACCUUUCAACAUCUUGGCACUUUUGUUUAUGCUCCCUCUGAAAUGGACUGUAUCUGAUCGAAUCUUUCACAAAAUCAACGUCACGGCGGUGAGAAUACUCAACCUGCCACUUUUGCUGGUGAUUGCAUGGUUCGAACGAAGGACACUGUGGAGGAACGACAGGCGGAGAAACGCCCCGCGAAGAAUUGAUUGGAAAGAUGCCAAUGGACCCAGUUUGACGCAUGCCGAGUAUUGGGCAAUCAAUAAAUUCAGCGUCCAUGGCGAUAUUCGAGCAGUGUUUGAGAUCGAUCCUCCUCAGUCCCUCCUAAACAAGAUUUCCGCGGACGAUGAGACGGUCGAUCAGGGUGCCCCUCUGGAGAAUUCGGUCAAGGACCAAUGGGAUUUUGGUGUUCAGUCGAGAAACAACAGUGCAGCGCCUGGCAAGCCUCGCAAAGUGCCGAACAUCAUGGUUACGAAAGCAAGGCGGGAAUCCAAGGCAUCAGAAAACCUGAGCAAGGAGUUUGCCGACUCUGAUGAGGACGACGGUGGAUUGUCCGCCGGCUAUCGAGGUAUCAGACGCCCCGAACGUAAAGAUUCCAUACUAGAUCUGGGCAACGACGAUCGAGACCAGCGAUUAAUGGAGGCGACAGCAAGAUUGCAUCAGAUGGAACAGACCAUGGCAAGAGUGGAGAGAAUGAUCUCGCGACUGUUGGAGGCUGAUCCUAUUUGGGAACACGGAGAAGGGGAGGAGAAAGACGAGAGAAUGAAGAAGGUCAAUAAAUCACGAGAUUGACCGCUAUUCAAGUGCCAAAGCCAAUCAUAUUGUUGAUUAGCGAUGAAAGAUGGUGUAUUGGACGAUCAAUC